AUGAGUGGGGCAGAGACUUCACAAUCUGAGGAGCUAAUUCGAGGUAAAUGUGUCAUUAAGGGCAGACUACUUGAUGUAUUGUUUGAUUCGAGUGCUACGCACUCUUUUGUAUCUGUGAACUGUGUGAAGAGUCUGGGUUUGUAUGUGACUGAAUUUCCGUGUAACGUUGUGGUGACUACCCCUACGGAUAAGCCGGUUAUGACGAAUGGAUUGGGUAGCUGCCAACCAUGUGCUACUAGAUUUCAGAGAGAAGACAUUGAUCUUUGGUGCGUCAAUGACAGAAAUUCUGAGACUUUGGGUCAUGGUGCAUGGGAGAACACGGUGAACGUUAAGGCCUUUAUAGUCCCGUUCUCAAUGGAGGCUGAAAGUGUAGUGGAGCCGGAGUACAUCCCGGUGUUGAGAGACUUCUUGGAAGUCUUUUUUGAAGACAUUUAUGAAUUGCCACCUGAAAGAAAGACCAAUUUCGCUAUUGACCUCAUUCCAGGAGCAAGUCUGAUUUUUGUGGCACCAUAUAGGAUGUCACUAGUGGAGUUGACAGAGGUCAAGAAGCAAAUUGACUUGAGAUCAAGGUACCAUCAGAUCAGGGUGAAAGAUGAGGAUGUACCCAAGACGGCAUUCAGGACACGGUAUGAUCACUAUGAGUAUUUGGUAAUGCCAUUUGGAGUGACCAACGUGCCUACGGUGUUCAUGGACUACAUGAACCGAAUCUUCCAUGAGUUUCUGAAUAAGUUUGUGAUAGUGUUCAUUAACGACAUCCUGAUUUAUUCAAAGACUCAAGAAGAAUAUGCUGAGCACUUAAGAAUUGUUUUGCAGAUUUUGAGAGAGAGACAAUUGUAUGCAAAGUUCUCCAAGUGCGAGUUCUGGUUGCCUCAGAUUCAAUUCUGGAGCAUGUAG